ACACCUACAGAAAGAAAGCUAUAUAUAUAUCUAUCUAUCUGCAUGGCCCCAACUUUUGGACAAUCCUUUUACAACUUUGGCCUUAUCAUCACCAGUCUAUCAGCUCCAGCCCAGCCAUGAGGAGAGAGGUUUGCACUGUUGUUUUUCUCCGAGCCGUCUUCACCGAGUUCUUGGCAACCAUGAUUUUUGUGUUCUUCGGUUUGGGCUCAGCCUUGAAGUGGCCAUCAGCCUUGCCAAGCGUCCUUCAGAUUUCCCUGGCAUUUGGCUUGGCCAUUGGCACAAUGGUACAGACCUUUGGUCAUAUCAGUGGUGGCCAUAUCAACCCAGCGGUGACCAUCGCCUUCUUCGUUGGGAACCAGAUCUCUUUCCUCCGGAUGUUGUUUUACAUCGUGGCUCAGCUGCUGGGGGCCAUUGCUGGUGCAGGCAUCCUUUACGGAGUGACCCCCACCAAUGCCCGUGGUAAUCUGGCAGCCAAUGGGCUUAGCAACAACACAACAGCAGGUCAGGCUGUGGUCCUAGAGAUUAUCUUGACUUUCCAGCUUGUCUUGUGCAUUUUUGCCUCAACUGACAACCGCCGAAAUGACAACGUGGGAUCCCCAUCUCUGUCUAUUGGAUUGUCAGUCACCCUGGGCCAUCUGGUGGGGAUCUAUUUCACUGGCUGCUCUAUGAAUCCUGCCAGAUCUUUUGGACCUGCAGUUGUCAUGAAAAGAUUUACCUCUGCUCAUUGGGUGUUCUGGGUUGGACCCAUUUCUGGAGCCAUUCUAGCUUCUCUCUUGUACAACUACCUUCUGCUUCCUCACUCAAUGAAUAUGUCUGAAAGAGUAGCCAUCAUCAAAGGUACUUACGAGUCAGAGGAAGAGUGGGAAGAAAAAGAGAAAAGCAUGGAAAUGUCUUCUCCAUAAGCAAAAGCGAUCAGAAGGAGAGGGAGAGAAGGAACCGGAUGGCUUGCAUGUCGAUAAACACUCACUGCAUACCUUGUAAGCCCAAGAAGCUUCCCCCAGUGCCCAGGAUCUGAAGAGGGAAUGGAAACAGCUUAUUUGCCUAAAUAACUGCCUUGAACCCACAGCUGUAUGUAUGUGAGUGCAUGAGAAAACAUGGCUCAUUCAAACAGCAAAAUCAGACAAGGACAGUACCUUCAUUUCCUGGGGCUGCAAAAAUCUGGAUGUGCUCCAAGAUUGUUCUAUCCACAUUUCUUUCUUUCUUUCUUUCUUUCUUUCUUUCUUUCUUUCUUUCUUUCUUUCUUUCUUUCUUUCUUUUUACAACAGGGCACAGUCAUUUGUUUAGAUAUUGACGUUUGACUUCAUGGCAGGAGUCCAGAAUUUGUCACUACAGGUUUAUUGAUAUGCUCCAGGCUUUUUUGUGGGGAGUGGUGGGGCACAAUGGCUUUAGCUCAUCUCAUCUAUGCACCAAUAUUUGUCGCUUGUUUUGAAAUGGGUUAGGAUGUUUUUAAUUUUAAUAUUUAAGGCAGCCGAAAUAUGAAGCGAAACCCUGAGCUGAAAGAGGGAAAAACUGAGAGCAGCUUUGCAGUGGGACCUGUGAGGAUUUGUAGGAGGUCCCGUGAAGACAAAUCUUCUUAAAAGAAGAUAGUACUUUAAGAUCUAUAAAUGGUCUUCUUCUUGUCAUAAAAUGCUGAGGGAAGCAAGUGUCCUCAGGAACUGCCUGCAGCCAUUCCCUUCCUAAAGUGAUUUCAGGGUUCAAAGGGAAUACGGUACAUCAAAGUUCUUUCCUUUGGCUUAAUUUCCAUCCUCCAAAAAGCAACAGACAAAAAUUCUUUGAGGGCUAUUCAACAGAGGCCAGUCUGUCUCCCAUAGUCAUUUAGAUCAGGGGUCUCCAACUUUGGCAACUUUAAGACUUGUGGACUUUAACGCCCAGAGCUGACUGAGGAACUCUGGGAGUUGAAGUCCACAAGUCUUAAAGUUGCCAAGGUUGGAGACCCCUGAUUUAGAUUAUCCUGACUCCGUUCUUGCAUGCUUCUGAUGCAGAGAGAGAAGGAGCUGAGAAUGAAGAAGAGCUGCCACCAUCUGUCUUGCUUAGAACAAGUCAACAAGGGAGAUCAGGGGAGGAGAACCACAAUUAAUUGGUAGAAAUGGUACCAGGAGUAAAACCAAUCACAGUAGAUAGAAGUGGGCUCUGGUAGCUGACAACAGCAUUCAACUUAUGCUUGGAUUCCAGAUACAGAGAGAGAAGCAGUACAGGAAGGUGCAGCAACAUGGGAGGGCAAACCACUCAUAACACCUGGGAUGACUCACCAUUUCACUCUCCCUUUCCUGCCUCAGGGUAACACCAAAUGAAUUCCCACCCCACCCUCCCACCCCAAAGAAUGAGGACGUAUGUAAAAUAACUAUAAAGGCAUGCAAUUUUAGACAGAAUUCUCCCCUAGCAUGAGAAAGAUGCAAUAUUGCUUAGCACUCUGGGGAAAGAUCAGGAUCAGAUAACAUCCAUGUGGACAAAAUUGUAUUAGCUCCACCGAAAGGGUUAUCCGGUGGACCUUAGGAAAGCCUGAGUGAUAUACAGGGCAGGGGGAAGACUCCUUCUCCA